AUGGCGAAGAUGACAAUCUUCCACAUCGUCCUAUUCCAGUUCAAGGAGGGCCUCUCAAAGGCGGAGGUGAAGGCUGCCUCGGAGGGAAUGGUCGCCAUCGACACCAAAUGUCUUCACCCCAAGACCAAGCGGCCGUACGUCCGAAACAGAAUGGGCGGAAUCAACAACAGCCCCGAAGGACGCGCCCGCGGAAUGACUCAUGGGUACAUUUGCGAGUUUGACAACGAGGAGGACCGAAUCUAUUAUCUCGAGGAGGACCCAGCCCAUAAGGAGUGGGUUCAGCACGUGAAGCCGUAUCUUGCCGGUGCGCAAGUCGUCGACUUUGUACCGGGCGUGCACGUUUGA